GUGGCGGGAUAUCUGAAAUUGGCGCUAAUAUUGUGAAAUUUUCAGACCAUUUUUUAUGUUUUCUGAAAAGUUCAGACCAUAUUUGUUUGAUCCAAAUCCCUAACCCCAAAGUCCCACCCCCUUCAUCACUCUCUCUCUCUCUCUCUCGAUCUCUCUCACUCGGCGCACGUUUCUCUCUCCGGCAGCUCUCUCUCCGGCCCUCCUAUCACUCUCCGGCGCACUCAACUCUCUCCGGUAGCUAUCUCCGUCGAUCUAAACCCAUCCAAGCAGUGAAGGGGCAAUCAAACCCUCGGCGACCGUUUCUGUCAGUGUCUCUCUCGCUCAUUCGGGCCGCAUAGAGAUGAAAGAUAGCAGAGAUGCUGUCAAGAACGAUAAAGCCUCAAAAUCCUCAGCUGUUAGCUCUCUCCCACUCAUUCUUGAUGUGGAUGACUUUAAGGGUGAUUUUUCAUUUGACGCGUUGUUUAGGAACUUGGUGAAUGAGCUUCUGCCGUCUUUCCAAGACGAAGAAACUUAUUCAUCAGAAGGGCAUGGCAGCGGCGUCGGUGGGAAUGCUGCUUUGUCGAAUGGACAUUUAAGAGGGGAUGCCGCGAAAUCGGCUGCCCCUUUGUUUCCAGAAGUGGAUAAGCUCUUGGGCCUAUUCAAGGAUUCUUAUAAGGAGUUGGUUGAUCUUCGAAAACAGGUUGAUGGUAGACUCAACAAUCUCAAGAAGGAGGUCUCUGUCCAAGAUUCUAAGCACCGCAAGACACUCGCUGAGCUGGAAAAAGGUGUAGAUGGAUUGUUUGAUAGCUUUGCAAGGUUGGACUCACGUAUUUCAAGUGUUGGACAGACUGCUGCAAAGAUCGGAGAUCAUUUGCAGAGUGCAGAUGCUCAGCGAGAAACUGCUAGUCAAACAAUAGAGCUUAUAAAGUAUUUGAUGGAGUUCAACAGCAGCCCAGGAGACCUAAAAUCGCUUGGAGUCAUAGGCUUUCUUAUCCUUUUCAGUGGUGUUUGUCCUUGUGUAGAACUGGAGAACAGAUUGCUUGCCCGUUUUGAUGCAGCAUCACAGCGGAGAGAAUUGUCUUCAAUGGCUGAAUGUGCUAAAAUUUUAUCUCAGGUAAAUACUUUUGUUAGGUCUGAUAUGUAAUAAUUUAAUUAUUAUUGAUUUUAAACUUAAUAGCUUCAUUAAGUAGCUCUUCCUUCCCUCUUUCCCACUCUUUCUUCAUCUCUCUCUCUCUCUCUCUCUCUCUUUGGAUUUAUAAUAUGAGGAUAAAUCGAAUUAAUCCUCCCUAACUACUUUGCUCUUUUACUUCAUUUGUUUAGUCAACAAUCUUUUUAACAGAUGAUGAGAACAAAGUGAAUGCUUUUGACAAAAUUAAUAAUUUCUUAAACAAGAUUAGUAGAUUUGUUGAUUAAAAUGGGCAAUUGAAAUAGACUAGUUGAAAUAAACAGCUGCUUCCAAUCCUUAGACCUUGUGGUUGCUUAACAAGCACUCAUCCCAAAUUCUCAAGCAUCUAUAGCUAUUCAAUGUAAAGCUGUUCUUGUGGUUGAAUUCUUGUGGUUGAAUUCUCAAGCAUCCCAAAUUUUCCAGUAGGUACAUGUGUGUGUGGUCGUUUAAUCUUGGCGGUCCAUAGGGAUUGUGGUGUCAGUUUCAACAAACAAUGAUAGUAGGUUUUUGUUAUAAUAUAGGCAAAUGUGGGUUAAGAAAGUUUAUAUUGUAGCUGUUUUAAUGUCUCUUUGCUGCCUGUAACUGUCAAAAUCUACAGGGAAGGCCUUCUUCCCCCUACUCACCAAAAAUUAUAUAAAAGAGAUGAUUUGAAACCUGCCCAACGCUAGGUUGGAUGAGAGGACCACCUUUUUUUAUUGCUUGCCAAUUUAGUUUGGUUGU